AUAAAAUGUAAAAACCUCUCAAUAAAAUUGUGAGAAUUAAUUGUGAGCUCAAUGGACUUUUUAGAAAAACUUGAAAAGCUAGCUUCCGAUAUUUUGCUUCAGUUACCUACAUGUUACCUACACUUCCGCACUUUCACACAUUUAUAUAAUAAAAGAACACCAAGUUGACAAAAUAAUUUUUAUUUACGUAGCAUCACACCUCUUGUUUCCCCAAAACGUCGGCACCAUAAAUUCUUUUGAAGUUGCGUGCUGUCACUAGUACAACUAAUGUCAAAAGCAAGAUACCAAAUCUGCUUACAUAUUUUCACAUUGAAUACAAGAGAAUACAAACUGGUUAAAUAUUGAAAAUAAUAAAGUUAGCAAACAUCUCUUUAUUGAAAAUAGUUAUGUUGGGUAACAAACGACGAUAGAAAAGAUUAAAGAAGUGUCAUUGAACGAACGUACCAAAAAAAUACUUUUGUAAGAAAAAUUAAAAAAGGGGAAAGCCAAGAAUUUUUUUACAUUUUAUGUUUUACAAUGUAAAAUUAUAUGUAUCGUACGAUUAAUAAGUGAGUGUUAUGGCUCCUGGUAACAACGACCGACAUCCAGGUCACACGGGAACUAUACCCAAGACGAAAGCGAGGAACAACUGUAAUGUGCCACAAGAAGCCGUCACUCCAACUAGAAGAGAUAUGACAACCAAUCUAGUUACGACUUCUCUAGAUUGGGUGCCAGUUUCUGAAUACAACACUAGGUCUAACUAUAAUCAAUCAAGAAAAUCAACAAAUAAUUCGGAUCAAGAAUUAACUGAAUUAGAUCACUCAGUAUCUUUUGAAAGUGGAUUCGGACGUUUUGUUCCUGUAAGACCUCAACCCCGUGCUCUACCAUUAAAUGUGCAUAGUCGUGAAAACAUAACUAACGAUCAAAAUGAUGAGGCAUCUGCAAAUUCUAUCUCUGGACAUUCUUUACACCCCUAUGGACAUCAGAUGCAAAAUGGCAUAAUUCCACACUCCAAUCACCCAGCUGCUGCGGUAAUGAUAGUAAACCCUACAACUCCGAUUACUACUGGAACAAUUUCGCAGCCAUUCAAUGCACCAAAUCAGAACAGGAACAAUUUAACAAGAAAUUUAAAUUCAUCACGUAAUAACUUCGAGGCAAACCACCCGGGUAACGUCAACAACACAGGAGUUGCCACUUCAACUUCUAGGACAGGAGCGAAAACGGUUAAUUUAAUAAACAACAUGUAUGAACAAGGGCAAAGCAAUUUCAAUAACCUCAAUGAAAAUAAUCAGGUACACAGGGAAUCAGCACGUGCUCUGGGCGAGGCUAUAGUGGCCGCGUGUCCUGAUGCGGCUGCUGUUGAACGUCGCUUGGGUCAGAUACGAGAAUACAUCAGAGUGACGUCGUCGCUUGUCGACACAAUGCGCACUUCUGAAGACGAGGCCUUUAUUGAACACACUAAAGAAGAAUAUGAUGAGUUAGUAGAAAUGGUAAUGAAAUUGAAGGAAAGCGAAGAAAAGUUAGAAACGAUUUUAAUUGAAAAGAGACCUGAUAAUGUUGAAGUUCCUAGUGAAGAAUUAGUGGAACCAGUUUCAGUCAUUCAGGCAAGUAAUACAGCUCUCGAAGCUGUCAGUGAGCCAGCUAUGGGUAAUCUGAGCACUGAAAAAAAUAGCAACGUUAAACUUAGCACAGACAAUGGUGCUAUGAACUUGAAGAAAGUCACUAAUAUUGAGAAUGAACAACUCAAUAAGUCAAUGCAAAGUGUUAAAAACGGCGACGACGCUGUUUCUCAGGAGAUCAAGAUGACCGAUUCAAUAACCAUGGAUAAAGUACAAGACUCUUCUCCGAACAUAGUUGAAAUCGUAGAUGUGUCAGAAGAUAAUACAAAUUUAGAAGACCCCAAUACUAAAACAUCUGAAAUUAAAGAAGACGAUGUACAGUUGAAUGAUGUAUUGCGCAAGAAUAUUCUGUCGUGUGUUCAAAAAGUGGCCCUUAUUGAAGAAAUGAAAAUUAAAAAAGAAAGUUGCAAACACGAUGAUCAGCAGGAUGCUAUGACUCGCCCAGUAUCCGCACAAAGCAAUGGCUCAACAUACAGUGACAACGAAUUAUGGCAAAACGAGAUUAAAAAUAAAAUGGAAAUGUCGCAAAUGCGUUUAACGGCAUUGAAACAACAACAAAAGAGACUUAUGAAGUAUCAGGAAGAAGCAAAACAACAAAUGGAUGAAAUUAACAGAGAAAGACAAUCACAGGAAAUACAACCUUCAACAUCACAUGAUAAUUUCGUGGCCCAGAAUCAACCGUUCAGCGGAAAUUACCAUCACUCCAAUCGCAUGUACGCCGCUAAUCAAAUCGGUGUCGCGACCACUUUGCCCCACUCCACGGAGGCUUUGCACGGACAACAGAACAUGGUGAACGGGGACAAUGAACUCGGUCAUUCUGCACACUCUACUCACAGUCAAGACGAAAGAUUUUCCCAUCGAGGAACUAAUGUGGCUAGUUCUGAGGAAGCUGCGGGUGGAAUACAAAGCGAAGGCGAUGACGACGAAAUUGUAUUGAGCGAACGAGGUCGCAUGUUGCAGAUGAAAUUAAGAGAGUUACAGUUGAAGAAACAGCACAUGGAAAGCUUGGUAACAGAGUUUCAAAAGUUACAAAUGUCUGCUCAUUUGCCUCCUACUCACAAUACGUACUCUAGCUCUGGGGAAGACAGCGGCGAAGACGAACCAGUACACAAAUGUGUCAAAUCUGGUAAUAACAUUAAAAACGAAGAUCCUUUCAAACUCAUGGAAAUUAAAGCCAUCAAAACCGCGCUUCAGAAAACUAAAGAUCUGAUGAGAUCGGUCGAGAACUACGAAACGGAUCACGUUUCCGGCUCCCAGGAGACUAACUAUAGGGAAGUGGGAAGCCAUUCAAAUGUAAAUGACAACAAAUCUGAGGGUAGCAUAGGAGGUUGGUCUAACGAGGGCAGCAUGUGUCGGCUGCGGAACACGUUACCGCAACGACACAAGUUCACCAACGAGCAACAACAUCACGGGCCACAACAACAACAUCAUGUGGCGCAGCAACAACACCAUGCGCCACAACAACAACAUCAUGCGCCACAACAACAUCAUGCGCCACAACAACAACAUCAUGCGCCACAACAACAUCAUGCGCCACAACAACAACAUCAUGCGCCACAACAACAACAUCACGCGCCACAACAACACUUGCUUCAACAACAAAGUCACGAAGCGAAUUUGGCUUCAUUACAAGAGUUGGCUCAAGAAUUGCGGAUGGAAACAGAAAAAAUCAUGGGGGAACGAGCACGGAUAAAGGACAUGAUCUCAAAUAAAACUGAAGUGCGUAAACAGAAGAAAGUGAACGAGGAAGUGCGAGCCGGUCCGAGCGGCACGCCCGGACCUGUCGAACGUCGCCAGAUGCAACUCCGCGCCUUGCUGGCCGAGAAGCAAAGGGAACUAGAAGCUCUUCUCAACAAGGAGAAAGUUUUGUGCACCGGGGCUGAAACCGAACAAACAAAACAAGAAUCGCGCACCGCAUCCGUUGUCAAUCAAUCUUACAACAGUGAGCAAGACGAGCCUGAUUCUCGCUCAGAACAAAUAAUGGAUCUGCAGAAUUCACGCGAAACAGAAAACUUUAGAGGAGGCGGUGACAGCGUCUUGGAUGGGAGAUCACUUCCCACGCUGCCCUCGCAUCUCGGUAGCACCUAUGGCAGUGACAGUGACAGCGCAUCAAGGAAUAAAUCCAACCAAAGGAAUCGCUCGCGACGGAGAGCAACACAGGAGAGACAAACAGACGAGAGUGUGUCCCAGUCAAAUAAUACAAGCCAAAGUAUUAGACAUGAACCGAGGCCAGAAACAUCUAACGUCAAUUCGGUUCCACCUGUCAGCCAGAACACCGAGCAUACGGGUAUGCCUUAUCCACAUCUACCGCCGCCCUGUUGGAACACAAAAUCCAAUCAAGAUGUUAGAUCGAAUCAGUUCACUCAGAAUAGUCACUCGCAGACGAUGGACCGGCUCCUGGGGACGCCGCAAAUGACUUUCCCUCCCACAAUGCCCUUCAACAUGAUGAUGCCUUACGGCAUGGUGGGAGGUUGCGGCUGCGGCUGCGGGUUGUGGGGAGCGUGGUGCUGGCAGCAACUGGUGAUGCAACAACGCGAUAUACAUCAACUACGCGAACAACUCAACCAUCUGGAAGAGCGAUGGCGGGCCGAAACCGCCUCGCACACGCUCAACAAUCAAGUACCUCCCGGUAACAGAGCCAACAACUACUGGGAUAACUUUAGAAGCUAUUCCCGUCAAAACCUUCUGUCGGCAAAUAAUAAAGUUAAUGCAGAUGGCCACUUGGGUUCUGGUCCCCCCCACAACCCUCACCCACUGGUUGAGAGAUCCCAUAAUACGUUACGUCGCACGCCGUCUGCCAGUUCUCCAUGCGUGACCCCCAAGAGAAACACCAACGCGGCCAGUUCCUCUCAAAACGUUCCUCAAUUGCCACAAACUAAUAACGAAGACUUGCCGAAUCGUCACGCGCGCAUGAAUGUCUCCUACGAACGAUCUCUAUCGUUUUCAUCCGCGCCCGAUGUUCUGAACGUCAAUCAGAACGCAGAUUCUGAAAUGGCGGUCGCAUCUCAUUCCAGAAACGUCGAUGACAGUAACACCACAAACAUACCUAACGUGAACAUAAACAGGCAAGAAAGCGCACCGCCUCCGUUUAGGAAUUUGAAUAUAACAAAUCCGAUACCGGAAAUUAUUCAAUCCCAUUCCAAUAAUUUGAACAGCUCGACGAAUGGCAAGAGGAAAUCUUCGUCGAAAUUGCCCGCGAAAAAUUCAUCAAACCGUAGGAAUUGCGCUUUAGAUUAUUCUCAAACGAGCAAUAUAAAUAUUGCCAGUCUGUCGGAGGUACCGAACCCUAAUUUGGCUUCGACAAGUCGCGAAAACGAAGACAAGGCCACAUCUAAACUGUUUGAUCUUUUGAGGGAAAAUAUAUAUUCGGAAGUGACGACUCUGAUCGGGGUCAAUGAAUCUCAUCCAGACUUUCUGAUACAACUGUUUAGGGAGUUGCAAUUGAUCAGUUCUGAAAAUUUGCGACAGAAAGUACUGCAAUCGAUUCGGAACGUUCUGUCUCAAUACAACACGAUGCUCGAGAAUCAUGAUAACGAUGAAACAGAAGAGCUAACCAGACCCGAUACCGUGUCCACCACUGCUCCAACUGAACACACAAACUAUAACGACUGCAGCUCGGCUUCUAUGCAAAAUGUCUGUGCAAAUACAAUGCAGAUUGAUAGCAAAAUUGUCCGAUUUUUGAUUAUGAAAAGCGAAGAAAUAUGCACAACAGAAUUUCUUGAUACUUUAGCUUCACAUAUUUUGAGCAACUACCCAGACAGAAGAUAUUCGCAACAGACCAAAAGAAGACUUCAGGAGUUCCUAUCUAAGUACGAGAGAAUGCGCGUUUCUGACGUGUCAAACGACAUAUUUGAAAACUUACCUUUGUAUAUAGCAGCGAGUACGGAAGGUGAAUCGAUUCCGAUGAGCAACGAUUUAGACUCAUCAAGGUUACAAGAUGUCGCAGGAUCUUUGAAUCUAUUUAGUUCGAGCGACAGUCAGCUACAUCAAGUGAAUGCGUGCCCUUAUGAUAUGUGGCCCGGCCAUCUCCACAUAGACAUCGAACCUACAGACGUGAAUGAUGGUGCUCAUCACUCUAACCAGGAUAGCAAAGUUGAUCUUAUAAAUUGUUCGGAAAUGCAUAAUGGCGAUUUGGCAGAGGCAGACCAAACUUGCCAUGUCGAUAUGGACGAGAGUGGCACUGUCGAUGGUGAUGAAGCUGGAGUCAAUGCGGAAGCUCUGCCCGACGUCGUGGAUACCGACGAAGUCACGCCUACAGAGGCAGAAGCAGAGUGGCUUGGACUUGACUGUGUACCAACAAGACUCCACAUGGAACAAGCACCUGAAAAAUAGAAGAGGAAUUUAUAUUAUUGUGUAACAAUGAAACAAACACUCAACACUACAUCAUUUUUAAUGAUGUUAUCGGUGUUUGAGUGGGCCUGUAAAAAAAACGUUUCAUUAGAUCUUCUAUCUGCAUCUGAAACAAAAAGCAAUACACAAAAGUAAUUAGAUUUUUUCCAUUUAAUGUGUUUUUUGUGUUCUGCUGCUAGGUCACCUAAAAGUUAACUAAUAUCCUGUGAGGUGUUGUUUGUUUGCGUGGUAUUCUUUGUGUAUUCUAUAUUUUAUUUUACUAAUAAACAAAUGGAUGUUAA